UAUUUUUUAUUCCGUAUUCUGACAGCAAUUUGUGUCUUAUGUCUUAUCCACGUAUUUCUUCAUUAUUGGAAAGCGGAAAAGUACUUCACACCCCACGUCAAAAACCCUCUCCAAUCCAAAUCCAUCACUUCUCAGAUUUUCAGUCACAGUCUACGGACAUCUGUUGGAGGUUUCGUUUCUCCACAGAAUUGUAACGAAAACAAGGAGUGAAUUCCACAUGGGUUCUGCAAAUAGAUUAACAAAUGGGCAAGGCAGACAUCCUCUAUUUUCCUUUGGCGUUAUCUCUGAUGUCCAGUAUGCUGAUAUCCCUGAUGGCUGCUCAUUCAUUGGGGUUCCUCGCUAUUAUCGACAUAGUAUGCUUGUUUUGCAAAGGGCAGUCAAGAGCUGGAACAACCUCAAGAAUCUUAAUUUUGCUAUUAAUUUUGGAGAUAUAGUUGAUGGCCGUUGUCCCAAGGAUCAAUCUGUAAAUGCUGUGAAUAAAGUAGUCGGUGAGUUUGAAAAAUUUAAUGGUCCCUUGUAUCACAUUAUUGGAAAUCAUUGUCUUUACAAUCUCCCACGGGAUAAGUUACUUCCUUUAUUGAAGAUCCCAAAUCCUCGUGGUGGUGGUCAUGGCUACUAUGACUUUUCACCAACACCAGAAUACAGAUUUGUUGUACUGGAUGGCUAUGAUAUCAGUGCAAUCGGAUGGCCUCAUGAUCAUCCAAAUACAUUGGAGGCCUUGGAAUUCCUGAGACGAAAAAACCCGAAUUCAAAUAAAAACAGUCCAGAGGGACUGGAAGGCCUCGAUAGAAGGUUCCUUAUGUUCAACGGAGCUGUUGGAAAAGAACAAAUGGAAUGGCUGGAUGGUGUACUUCAGGAUGCAACAAACUUGAAACAGAAAGUAAUUGUAUGUUGUCAUCUGCCUCUGGAUCCAAGUGCAUCAGGCCAAGAAGCGCUUCUAUGGAAUUACGACCAAGUAAUGGAUGUGAUUCAUCGUUACAAAUGUGUGAAGGUAUGCCUAGCUGGGCAUGAUCAUGAAGGAGGACAUUCAAUUGAUUCUCAUGGAAUUCACCACAGAGUGCUUGAAGCUGCCUUAGAAUGUCCUCCUGGUACUUUUGCAUAUGGGUAUAUAGAUGUUUAUGACAAUAUGUUAUCCCUUGUUGGCACCGACAGAAUGAAAAGCACCAAUAUCAGUUUCCAUCCUUGACAAAUUUGAUAGAAUAUCAGCUCCUGGAAUGCCUUCCUAUUCAUUCAUCAAAGAUGUAGUCUAUGUUAUGUUAAGCACCAUUGACAGGAAAAUGCUUGGACCUUCAAAGGUUUCAAUGUAACAAGUCGGCUUUUCUUGCAAGUAGUUUGGAUGAGGAAUCAUUGAUUUUGUAUCUCAAAUUACACAUACUAAUCAUUCUUUCCUGCUGCUUGUCUAGACCUCUGGUGCGCCUUAUAAUACAAUAUUGAACAGUUUUAGUCC